CGUGUGGUCAUGUCCGGAUUAUUAUCCUCAUUCACGUGAGGCAUUUGCGUAACUGUCCCUCCCUAAAUGAGGGGAAUAAUCUGAGAGAUUUGGAGAGACAUAUGCACGUUUCAAUUUGUAUAGUAGAGAGGGAAGUGGGAUUGGAGAACAGAGUCCAGCCAUCCGAGUGUUUUGAACUUCGACCUGUAGUAAUAGCAAUCUUCAUCUCGAAGUAUCUGUAUUACUAUCAGGAUGCGCGUAGUUACAAGUGCGGUUCUCGCCAUUGCGGCGUCUGUCGCGAGUGCUGACGACCCAAUCUGGCCGAGUUGCAUUGAACAAAAUACGGUGAUCCGAAAUGCAGGGAAGGCAUUUUUUACGAACGUAGCGGGCUACGGAGCAGCAGCUGGGUAUCUACACGACUUAAAUGGAAAGUAAUUUUAGCGCACUCCAAUAUGAUCGUAGAUGGCUUUGCUUUCGUGUUCUAAUAAGAGUGAUUUCUUCAGGAAAAUUGCUGACUAGAGUAGUAUAAAAUGCUAAGGGCGUACCUGUGAAUGAGAACGAUUAUUUUCCCUCCUCUUACUUGCGUUUGCCCAACUAGGUGCUUUCUUGACGAUUGCAAGAAUACGGAUAAAUAUGCUGUAUCUUCAAUUGAAUCAUGCAUCAACGUGUGCAAUUCCGAACCUGAGUGCGCUUGGUGGGUCUUCGGCACAGAGGAGGGUAUUUUUUUUCCUAAGCUGUAGCUAUUUGUUUUGUCUGUUACCCAUACCUGUGAUAGUCAGCUUUAUUUUUCAGUUGGGGAAAUUUUUGAUUACUUCACGUUGGCGUUCGUUCCGCCACUCCUCUCUAUCUCGUACUUUUUUUAUGGCAUUAUUUCGUAAAAUUUCAGGUAUGACCAAAUGUUGGAUGAGAGUAUCCGAUGAUGGAAGGGAAGCCGGGGAGGGUUGGUCAAGCGGUGCCAAGACCUGCGCGCCGCCAGGUAUUCUUGCUACAGCUUCUUUUCUUGACACCCUCAAAUAGCACUUAUGAAAGCUGUGUGCUCAGAUUCACAUUGCUGCGAUCGGGUCUUCUACGGUGUUGCUUUUAAUUUGUUCACAAAGACACCGAGCUGUUUAGAGUUUUGUGGACAAGCUUGAGGAUCUGGUAUGAGAGUUUGAUUUUUGAGGGGCGGUUUGUAUGUUGAGUUUCUAGUGACAACUCCUAAUAAGAACCCCGGUUGCGCUCCUCUUUCGAGAGUUCGGUUAGCAACUGGCUCCUGUCACCUUACUAGGCUUUGCGCUUCCUCUUACCAUCCUUCGGGAUCAUAUCAGCAACUGUUUUGUCUUGCCGAAGGUAGAGAGUAACCUUUUGAAACACAAUGAUGACGAAUAAGAACAUUGACGACGAACGUGCGCACUUUAUUUGCAAGUUUAUUUGGUGUACACCUGACGAAGUUAUCACUCAAUGCUCAUUGAUAUUACCUUCAAAUUUGCACUACAGAUGUGCAAAAAUUGACGAUGGGAAACACGGAGUGUUGGAUCGAUGGCUUUGACUACCACACUUGCUGCGACCCAAAAUUCGGACCGAAUGGAAACACGCAAUGUUGGGACGGAAUGUUCAACUACAAUCGUUGCUGCUUCCCCAGGCACGAGCUCUGACGAGCUGGGCUAUUUAAGUGCAUCGGAGCGGCAAGUUGCGACUUUGGGUUCUUAGCCUCGUUCUACGUAAACAUUAUGCUUCAUGUAGACAGCUCAUGUGUCAUAGUUGGAUUUGGUGUUCGGUUUUUCAUAAGAUGUUACUUCAUCACACGUAGAAUUCACUGAACAAUCCUGAGGCGAGGAGCCUUUGUUGCUGCCACAAAUAAUCCCUUCUCUACUAUCACUAUGGUGGUGGCUCUGCUCCAAGCAUUUUAUACAACAUGUAAACGACUCUCUGUUCUUGAAUGCGAUAUAUAGGUAAGAACGAAUUAUUAUGAUUUCUGGACUUGUUUUGAAGGUAGAAAACGCGAUUUCUUCUGUAUUUUGUGUUGUGACGACGCACGCUCGUGGAUGCAGAAAGGAUUCUGCUUCAUGAGAUGAAGCUACCGUGUUGUGGUACAAAAAUUACAUACGACAGUGUCUCAUUCCUGAGUAAAAGACCAGAACUCGUAGACGUGCUAUUCCUUGAAGUCAUGUGGGUGGACAAUAAUGUCACUGAAAUAAGCGACGUUACAGAUGCGUCGGCGCUGAGCGGGUGCUUCCGCAACGUCUGGAAUUUGUGCCAUGUCGCCGGAGGAUGCGAGCUCAGGGCGACGUCAUGGACGAUAUGAGGUGGAUAUGGAGCGGAUGGCUCGGUUGAGACAUACUCGGAUGAACAUGUACAAAGUCAAUCGG